AGCCGCUCUGGCGACGCCACCGGAGCAACAAAUUAAGGCACAAACAUUGGCUUAAUAUCAGUCACUAAGCGAUCGUCUGACAGUUAACAACAAACCGUUCAGCGGGAUCAAAAUCGCAGAGUAGCGCGCGCGCGAAUUUCGUAAAUCCUCGGCACAUCCAGCAGGUGUUAAAACUUAAAUAAUUAAACAAGCAAGUGGUCACAACAGUUAAAGAGUGUCGAUUGCUUCUGCAAAUGCUGGCCUUAUAAUCGCACCAUCGAGCAUAACUGUCAUUAACGCGACUGUGUGAAAAAGUCACUUAUUUUGGCGUCAAUGUCGAGGAGAAACGAUUAGAUCAAGCAAUUAAUAUAAUUUCUCUAUAAUUUUGCAUCAGAGUUCACAGCGAACUAAAUCGGGCCAAAGAUGGCAGAUAACAAGGGAUUUACCCCCGAUGGACAGGAAUCCCUCCCAUCGGCGUCACCAGUUGAGAACCCGCCUCCGUACACCGACUCAAUGGUCACGCUGAAUGACUUCAACUCGAAAGCCAACUUGACGGAGAAAGAGAUUUCCCUCACGGAGGAUCCCUACCAUCCCUUCGAGCACCGCGACCCCAAUGGAGCCAGUGCCGGUGGCGCUCUGGCGCACUUGCUCAAGAGUUCCCUGGGCACGGGCAUUCUGGCCAUGCCCAUGGCUUUUCACAAUGCCGGUCUGGCUUUUGGAAUGGCCAUGACGCUGAUCGUUGGAUUCCUCUGCACCCAUUGCGUACAUAUAUUGGUUAAAACUUCGCACAACAUUUGUAGGGAUGCCAAGGUUUCGGCUCUGGGAUUUGCUGAGACGGCGGAGAAGGUCUUCGAGUACGGACCAAAGGGGAUGCGACCCUACUCAAAUUUCGCCAAGCAAUUCGUGGAUAUCGGACUGAUGGCCACUUACUAUGCAGCGGCAUGUGUUUAUAUCGUAUUUAUUGCGACAUCCUUCCACGAUGUCAUUAACUAUGAUUUGAAAAUCAACUGGGAUGUGCGAAUUUACAUUGCCCUAACCGUGAUUCCCUGCCUGCUCAUCGGCCAGAUCCGUGAACUCAAGUGGCUGGUGCCAUUCUCCAUGAUGGCCAACAUCUUCAUUGUGGUUACAUUCGUGAUCACUCUGUACUACAUGUUCGACGAGCCGCUGGUUUACUCCGACAAGCCUCUGAUCGCCAAGGCUGCCAAUAUUCCACUGUUCUUUGCCACCGUGAUCUUUGCCAUGGAGGGAAUCGGUGUUGUGAUGCCCGUGGAGAACUCGAUGAGAAAGCCCCAGCACUUCUUGGGAUGCCCCGGAGUUCUUAACACUGCUAUGGUCACUGUGGUCUCGCUCUAUGCCAUCAUCGGAUUCUUCGGAUAUGUGAGAUUUGGCGACCAGGUGCGUGGCAGCAUCACGCUGAAUCUGCCGGAAGGCGCGUGGUUGGGCGAUACAGCAAAGCUCCUGAUGGCCGUCGCCAUCCUGUUCACCUUUGGGCUGCAGUUCUAUGUGCCCAACGAGAUCCUCUGGCGCAAGAUCAGUCACAAGUUCAGUCCCGAGAAGCACAACAUUACACAGAUCCUGCUGCGCAGUGGCAUUAUCCUGCUGAGCGGUGGUGUGGCUGCGGCUAUCCCCAAUCUGGAACCCUUCAUCAGUCUGGUGGGUGCCGUGUUCUUCUCGCUGCUGGGCAUCUUUGUGCCCAGUUUCGUGGAGACCGUUUACCUGUGGCCCGAUCGCCUGGGCGUGUGCAAGUGGAAGCUGGUCAAGAACAUCUUCCUGGGGGUGUUCUCCAUUCUUGCCCUGGUUGCUGGUGCCGUCGCCAGCAUUAACGAGAUCAUCGAAAUGUACAGCGGCGACGAUUAAGGUUUCCAUAUGUACGGGUUCAACCUUCAAACAGACAGUAGUAUUACACUAGAUGCAGGUAGCUCCAACAAAGGAAGCGAGAUGAAAGACGAGUAUGAGUUCAAAAAGCAGGCAAAGCCCCCCACAUCCACAUCACACCCAACUUAUGGCCAUGUUGAACAUGGUCAAGCGGCUCGAAUGCCAAAUUACCGAUGCCGUUGACUGCAUGAACAUGAUGAUAUUAAGUUUAAGUGCCCUGUUACACAAACUAAGCUGCAAUUCAUAGAAUUUAUAAAUGUUAUUACGUUAAGUUGCUCAGCAUUCCAAAACAAAGCAAACAGUACCAAAACAUUCAAUGUGUCGCCUUUAACUGAUCGGAAUUCCCCAC